GAUUUGAGUUUCAGGGAUGGAAAAAGGAGAGAAUAAUUCCUGGAUGCACCUGCUGGAUCAGGAAGAUUCACUGAAGGCAUACCUGAACAGCACGGAGGAUUACCUGGCCUACCUCUGUGGGCCUCGGCGCAGCCACCUCUUCCUCCCCAUGACUGUAGUGUAUACGCUGAUUUUUGUUGUGGGGGUUGUAGGCAAUAUCCUGGUUUGUCUGGUGAUUGUACAGCACGAGACUAUGAAGACGCCCACCAACUACUACCUCUUCAGCUUGGCUGUCUCUGACCUCCUAGUCCUGCUCCUUGGGAUGCCUCUAGAAGUUUAUGAGAUGUGGCACAACUAUCCUUUCUUAUUUGGGCCAAUAGGCUGCUACUUCAAGACGGCACUCUUUGAGACCGUGUGCUUUGCCUCUAUCCUCAGUGUCACCACCGUCAGCGUGGAGCGCUAUGUGGCCAUCCUCUACCCAUUCCGUGCUAAGCUGGAGAGCACGCGGCGGCGGGCGCUCAGGAUCCUCGGUGUGGUCUGGGGCUUCUCAGUCCUCUUCUCUCUGCCCAACACCAGCAUCCAUGGCAUCAAACUCCAGUACUUCCCCAAUGGGUCCUUAAUUCCAGGCUCUGCCACCUGUACCGUCAUCAAGCCCAUGUGGAUCUACAACUUCAUCAUCCAGGUCACCUCCUUCCUCUUCUACGUCCUCCCCAUGACUGUCAUCAGCGUCCUCUAUUACCUCAUGGGGCUCAGACUGAAAAAAGACCAAUUCCUUCAGGUAGAUGAGAUGACUGCAAAUAUCCAGAGACCCCCCAGAAAAUCAGUCACCAAGAUGCUUUUUGUCUUGGUCUUAGUGUUUGCCAUUUGCUGGACUCCAUUCCACAUUGACCGUCUCUUCUUCAGCUUUGUGGAAGAGUGGACUGAAUCCCUGGCUGCUGUGUUUAAUCUCAUCCAUGUGGUGUCAGGUGUCUUCUUCUACCUGAGCUCAGCUGUCAACCCCAUUAUCUAUAACCUGCUGUCUCAUCGCUUCCGGUCAGCCUUCUGGAAAGUGAUUUCUCCUUCAUGCAAACAAUGCCAUUUCCAAGAUCACCCACAGGGUCCAUCUAUCCAGCGGAACACCUUGCUGACAGAAUGCCACCUCAUGGAGCUGAUGGAAGACUCAGCUCCCCAAUUUGCUUGUCGGUCGUCUUUCUGUAGCUCCCACCUCUGA